AGGGCGGGGCGGGAGCCGAGCUGGGAGAAGGGAGCCAGCGAGCAGGCGGCAGGCAGGCACGGUCUGCGCGAGGAGCAGGCGAGCGGGAAGACGAGACGCAGCCACCUUCCUCACCAGCCAGCCCUCCGCGGUUUGUUCCCUUCCUCGGGAGUGCGCCAAUGCCUGGUCCGACCCAAACCCUGUCCCCAAAUGGCGAGAACAACAACGACAUCAUCCAGGAUAACGGGACCAUCAUUCCUUUCCGGAAGCACACAGUGCGCGGGGAGCGUUCCUACAGUUGGGGAAUGGCGGUCAAUGUGUAUUCUACCUCGAUAACCCAAGAGACUAUGAGCAGACAUGACAUCAUCGCAUGGGUUAAUGACAUAGUAUCUUUAAACUACACAAAAGUGGAACAGCUUUGUUCAGGAGCUGCCUAUUGCCAGUUUAUGGACAUGCUCUUUCCGGGCUGCAUUAGUUUGAAGAAAGUAAAAUUUCAAGCAAAGUUGGAGCAUGAGUAUAUUCACAAUUUUAAACUUCUGCAAGCAUCGUUUAAGCGAAUGAAUGUUGAUAAGGUGAUCCCAGUGGAGAAGCUGGUGAAAGGGCGUUUCCAGGACAACCUGGAUUUCAUUCAGUGGUUUAAGAAGUUCUAUGAUGCUAACUACGAUGGGAAGGAGUAUGAUCCUGUAGAAGCACGGCAAGGACAAGACGCAAUCCCUCCCCCUGACCCUGGCGAACAGAUCUUCAACCUGCCCAAAAAGUCUCACCACGCAAACUCCCCCACUGCAGGUGCGGCUAAAUCCAGUCCAGCGUCUAAGCCAGGAUCCACACCUUCUCGUCCCUCAUCAGCCAAAAGGGCUUCGUCCAGCAGCUCAGCAUCCAAAUCUGAUAAAGAUUUAGAAACACAGGUCAUACAGCUUAAUGAACAGGUACAUUCAUUAAAACUUGCCCUCGAAGGUGUGGAAAAGGAGAGAGAUUUCUACUUUGGAAAGUUGAGAGAGAUUGAGCUGCUCUGCCAAGAACACGGGCAGGAAAACGAUGACCUCGUGCAGCGACUAAUGGAAGUCCUCUAUGCUUCGGAAGAACAUGAGGGCCACCCGGAAGAGGCCGAGGCCGAGGACCAAGUCCACGACCAGCAGCCCCAGCAGCAGGAAGAGUACUGAAGCGUCCUGGCCCCUUGCGCCUCCAGCUGUGCGUGGGAACUUUUCUUCUGGAGAAACGUGUGGCCUCAAGCUCAACAGAAACCAGUCGUUCCCAGUCUGCUGUUAACAUCAACGCACUGUUGCAUCCGCCAGCCACCGCGCUCGGUUCCCAUUUCCUUUGCCAAGACCCGUUAGCAGCCGGCCUUCGGGCGGCCCGAGAGGUCACGGGGUCACAUACCUACCACUUCACCACUUGGCUGCUUGGGAUUGAUUCUGCUCUUCUCAUUUCUUUCCGGAACAACUCUCCCCACCGCCCCACCACCACCCCCUUUUUAUCCUGGUGUGAAACAAUGGUAAUUUGAUAUAUGGUAUUUAUAUUGGCAUUUCUCAACCAGUGUCACUAGAUGUCACACAUUCGUGGUGCUUUGAUGUUUGCAAGUCUAACCUCUGAACGUUAAUUUGGUCAAAUGAUAAAUUGGAGCAAAGGGAAAGAGAUCCUUGAUAUGAAAGCCAUAAGGACAGUGACUUUUAUAGGGAAAAAGCUUCCCCCUCGACUCCCAACACUAAAGGGAAAAAAAAAAAGAAUCAAAAUUAGGACUUCAGGGCCUAGCAGUAUUUCUCCCUGAGCAUGGCAGACGGUCACACAGUUAGUUUCGAAAGACAUUCACUCGAGGACACCCCCAUCCCCACUUCGCCCUCUGACUGCUUGCCCUCCCCUCCCCCACCCGAGUUCUCAUGCUCUUUUCUUUCUCAGGGUCCUCUUUGGUGGGCAGCCACUCUUCCCAAAAGCUGUCAUCAGUUACCUACAGUCCAGAGGGGGUCUGCGUAGAUGCAGGUCCUCCUGCCUCUCUGGCUUUCAGCCCAAAGCCUGUCCUCCGCGCUAGGGGACUCCUCCUCCAGAAUGACUUCAGGGUGUGCGCCCCUGAGGGGCAGGGCUCUGCGUCGUGCUGCACGCUCGCUGCCAAGUGAAGACCUUCUUACUAGGAGCAUCAUUCCAAGGGAGACUCCGGAUUCUGAAGUCUGGUGUUGACCCUGGAAUGACAGCACAGAAAAAAAAUCUAUGACUCCCCAUACCUUCGGAAAUAAGGAAUUUCCCUCGUUAAUACUCCGGCCCUCCUUGUCAUUGAUAACCGUGGCAAUUCGUAAAUAGAGGAAACAUUAAUGAAUUAAAAGCAUUCCUUAUUUUUUUAACUAAUAUUUGCACAUUUUCUUAGUAUCUUUCCAAAUCUUUGCCUCUCUUAUUCCUCUGACAGAUGGUAUCCCUUCCUGGAUCAUUCAUUUCACUUGGUUUCUGAACUUUAGAUGUACUUCGCUUGUUACUUAGCAGGUGCAAGAACAACAAACAAGUGUGCCCGCCCCACUUGCCUCUUAACUGAAAAGCUUAAAAUAAAUUUGUGAAAUAUGUAUCCGAAAGCUUUGACAUUUCUUUAUUAAUUGAUGGACUACUAAUUCUAAAUUCUAGCAUUGGAGCUUGCCACCAAAAGAAGUCUUCCCAAAAUAUCUCGCAGCAAAGUGGUAUUUGAGUUACCGGUGAACACGAUGGCUUGUAUUUGUGAGGUUAUUACAACGCACUGUGCAUAACUGGACA